AUGGCCUCUGCUAACCUAACUGAGGAUUCCAAUAAGAAAGAUGCAAACGUCGAUAUCGCUGUGAAUGGUGAUGUCGCGUUCAUUGUUGGUCCGAGUUGCAGACGGCUUAGGGUCUAUUCGCUCGUUCUCACGAAUGCCUCUACGGUUUUUAAUGUCAUGUUGGGCCCUCACUUCAAAGAGGGCCACCAGCUGGCACAAACCGGCUUAACCGAGAUUGAGCUUCCCGAAGAUAACGCAGAAGCUGUCGAAAUCGUUUUUAACAUCAUCCAUGGCCGCAACGAUAGAGUUUCAGACACGCUUGACCCUGACAAGCUACUUCAGGUAGCUAUCAUCACCGACAAGUACGAUUGUCUUGUUCCGCUCGCGUUUGCUAUGAAGCUCUGGCUCAAAUCCGUAAGCGCCGCCGACCCGGUACAGAUGUGGGCUUUAGCUAUGGUGGGAGUGAUCUUACGCAGAGAAGAGACGUUUGCAGAGGCAGCAUCUGCGCUCAUACUAAAUUCCUCCGAGACUUAUCUUAGUCUGACAAACAUCAAUGUUGGAGGAUAG